AUGGCGUUCAUCAAUCGCAUGGCGCUGGGCCACACUUGCCCUCUCUGGAUAGAAGACCAAGUAAAGGAGGCCUCGCGUCAGCAAGCAAGGAAGCAGCAGCAGCAGCAGCAGCAGCAGCAGCAGCAGGACCUGAUUACAUCUAUUCUGGAGCUCAAUUUUGGGCCUCGUGCCGCAGCACUCCUCGAGCAGCCGCAAAUCCCGGAUCUCGUGGCGUCCGGCACGCUGAACGUCAACAGCAGCAACAGCAGCAGCAGCAGCAACAGCAGCAACAGCAGCGCGUCUGCGUGGCCGGCGGAGGCGCAGCAGCUGCUGCUGGAGACGGCGGAGCUGGAAGCUGCUGUGCUGCAGCAGCUAAGGAAUUUGUUUUUGCUGUUUGGCGGCGCCUUUGAGCCUCUUUUUCCCCAAAGUGACCCCACAGACAUUUUCCAGGUUGCUGCUGCUGCUGCUGCCAGCCCGCAGCAGCAGCAGCAGCAGCAGCGGCAGGCCGCGGCGCAGCACCAGCUGCUCGCUGACAUGGCGCAGGGCCACCAGCACCAUCACCAGCAGCAGCAGCAGCAGAAGCAGCAGCAGCAGCAGCAGCAGCAAGGCUGCGGCGGAGACACAGGGGGCCUUUCAGUUCGCUCGCUGGCCAGGGGACUCAAAGCCAUUGACGAUUUGGUUCGGCAAUGGCUCUCCCUGCCUUCGUCAGACACGUCGGCCGUGUACUCCGCAGUGCAGCAGCAGCUGCUUCAGCUGCUGACGCAGCAGCCUUCUGACCUUGCUGCUGCUGCAGCAGCGGGCUCCGCGCCUCACUGCAGCAGCAGCAGCAGCAGCGCUGACGCUGAGCGCGAAGGCGAGCUGGAGGACGAUCUGCUGCAGCAGCAGCAGCAGCAGCAGCGGGGCUACAUGCAGCGCAUGAGCCCGGCUUUGUGUCUGGGCUGCACUGCAUUUGAAGACACGAGCGGGUCUUGUGCUGCAGACGGCGAGUUGGGCCCCACAGCAGGAGCAGCAGCAGCAGCAGCAGCAGCAGCAGCAGGGCCUCACGA